AUGGACGGAGAUCUUGUCGGCCCUGCAAUUCCACCACAUAUUCUCGCCAAGCGAAAACGGAAGGCCGAAGAAGCUGCUGCUGCUGCUGCUGCUGCUGCUGCUAUUGCUGUUUUGGUAAAAGGAGCCCCAAAAUCACCACCGACGGAGGACCCAGAUAGCAAGAAAAGGCGGACAGUUGGUCCAGCGCCACCUCCAGCACCCCUCAAUGAACUACCCGCUGGAUAUCCAGACGAUAGUGAUAAUAAUGAUAGCAGUAGUGACGAAGAUAUAGGACCGGCUCUACCACCAGGCCCUGGGACGGAGCUGGAUCAAGAACUUGCGGCGCAACGACGUUUAGCAAUGUUCGCAGAGGCCCAAACUACCAAAGCGGACGAUUCCAAGCCGAGGCGUGAUGAGUGGAUGUUGGUACCACCGAAGUCAGAGGAUUGGGCAUCAAUGGUUGACCCGACAAAAUUAAAAAAUCGAAAGUUCCAGAGCGGGAAAGGAGCUAAAGCGCCGCAAAAAGCUGGUGGAGAUAAUUCUUUAUGGACAGAAUCGCCAGAAGAACGCCGUAAACGACUCAAUGACGAAGUCAUGGGGAUUAGAAAGCCUGCAACCCAGGGAGAUAAUACAAAGAAGCCAAGUAUCAGCGCUGCUGAGGCUGAAGAAACUGCCCGUAGAAUCAAAGAAUAUAAUGAAAAAAACCGGAAUAGGUCUCUAUACGAUCAACACAAAUCAUCGGGAAGUGUACGUGAGAAAGAGGACAAUCCAAGCGCUCGAGCCUUCGAUCGUGAGAAGGAUAUCGCUGGAGGCCGCAAGGUUGGGCAUCAGCAAAAGAAGGAAAUGUUGCAAAGAGCUGCACAGUUUGGAGAUCGGUUUUCUUCAGGCAGCUUUCUGUAA